CCUGUAGGUUGUGGCCACAGGACUAGAGGCUUGUACUGGUGGUGAGACAGAUGACAGCUGUAAACAAGCCCCGGUGAAGCUCAGGACCUUUGAGGAGCAGUCAGCGGUGAAAACUCGGUGAGGAAUAAGAAGAGGAACUCAAAGCCCUACCCAACCAGAUGGUGAGGAGUAAAGCUUUGGCCCGUUGUGGCCUGGUUCUACUCAGUUUGUGGCUUUGUAUCCAGUCAGUGCCUAUCAGUGUGGAAAAGGCCAAAGAAAAGCCCAAAGAGGAAGACCUGGGGCCCCCCCAGAGUGCUGACACUGGACUGCACUACGAUCGCUACCUCAGGGAAGUAAUUGAAUACCUCGAGAAAGAUCCUCACUUUAAAGAAAAGCUCAAAAAUGCCGAUAUGGAUGACAUCAAGCAAGGUAAACUUUCCAAAGAGCUGGACUUUGUUCACCACAAUUUUCGGACUAAGCUGGAUGAGCUGAAGAGGGAGGAGAUGAACAGGCUGCGGAUGCUCAUCAAAGCCAAACAUGACAUCCAGGACGGGAAUGGCCACACAGUUGACCGCCAGGCCUUGCUGAAACAGUUUGAGCACCUCAACCACAUGAACCCAGACACUUUUGAGGUGGAGGACCUGGACCGCCUUAUCAAAUCGGCGACUAAUGACUUGGAGAACUAUGACAAAGACCGCCAUGAUGAGUUCAAGAAGUACGAGAUGAUGAAGGAGCAUGAGAGGAGGGAACGCCUGAAGAAAAUGAACGAGGAGGAUCGCAAGAAGGAAGAGCAGCACUACGAGGAGAUGAAGAAGAAACACGCCGACCAUCCCAAAGUUAACCACCCUGGCAGUGAGGACCAGCUGAAAGAGGUGUGGCAGGAGACAGACGGUUUGGAUCCAGAAGACUUUGAUACCAAAACCUUCUUCAAAAUGCACGACAGCAAUGGAGACGGCUUCUUUGAUGAGAGUGAGCUUGAAGCUCUUUUCACUAAAGAGCUGGAGAAGGUGUACAACCCUGAAAAUGAAGAGGAUGACAUGAUUGAGAUGGAGGAAGAGAGACUGCGAAUGAGAGAGCAUGUCUUGAACGAGGUGGACACCAAUAAAGACAGACUUGUGUCACUGAGCGAGUUCAUGGCGGCGACUAAAAAGGAGGAGUUCCAUGAAAAAGAUGAGUGGGAGACUUUGGAUCAGAAUCCAUUUUACACCGACGAAGAGUUGAGAGAGUACGAACAGCAGCUGGCCAACGAGGAGAACGACAUCAACAAGAAGUCAGCUGAGCUGGCGAAACAGAGGGAGGAACUUGAAAAACAGGAAGAACUUAACGCUCAGAAGUUGGGGCUGAAGCAGGCAAUGGAAGAAAUGGAAAGGGUUAAAGCUCAAAGCCCAGAAGCUGACAUAAAACAGCCAGGAGUUCAUGUGGCCGAGGGUCAACCAGCACCACUUGUACCAGGAAACAGUCAACCACUGCCCCCUGCUCACCAGCAGCAGGACGUACCAGUGCCAGGACACUCUUAGCAGCCUCACCACUCUGCAAGCUGUGUGAGUGAGCGUGUGUGUGUUUUUGUGUUUUAAUGAUUCAAAAUUUUUGUUACUGUUAAGGAUUUUCCAAACACCUUUUGAUGAAUGAUAGAGCUAAACAUCAAGAGCACAUUCAAAAGUGAUCACAGGCUUGAGAAUUAGUCCCAGUACCAAUGAUGCUCUUCUUCUUACUGGCCAAAUUGGCUGAAUGAGCCAGACUUGAAAUGUGGAUUUGGUCCAGUUUUCUACGUGGACAAUCGACCCUUUUGUUUUUGUCAUUUUGAUCUUUUAUCACAACAAGGACUCUGUUCUCUGUGGGGAGAUCCUCGGGGUAAAUGUGGAGGGCUGCUGGCCUGACAACUGAAUGUUUUCUUUUGUGCACACUGUACUUUAUUGUCACUGGUACUGUCACUUACAGGAAAUACUUUGAAAAUGUAUUUAUUUUUGAGAGAGAGAAAAUUAUUUCUGAAAAAUGAAUGUGAGGAGAGUAAGUUAGGACUGGAGAUUAUCCUGAUUACAUGAAGAAUUUUUAUACUCACAUUAAAUUAAUAUUCCUUCUA